AUGUCUACCUUCACUCCCUUCAGGCUCUUUACCCCAUCACCCAUUCUCGGAUAUGGCUACAACAUCGAUGAGUUCUGGAACGCCGUCGAUGAUCAGCCUGCAGCCAUCAUCGUUGACGCCGGUUCCACCGAUCCCGGACCGUACAUGUUGGGCACAGGCAAGACGCUGUGUUCCCGGCAGUCCUACGUUCGUGACCUGACGCCCAUUCUCGAAGCGUGUGCCACUAGAGGCAUUAAAUUUAUCGUCAGUUCUGCCGGUGGCGCAGGAACCAACGCUCAGGUCGACUUCACCAUCGAUAUCAUUACCGACAUUGCCAAACAGCGGUCGUGGUCGUUCAAGCUCGCCACCAUCAAAUUUGAUGACAAACGUGAACAAAUCCAGUCCAGGGAAAGAGCCGGGCAGAUCAAACCGUGCAGCUCCGCCCCGCCUCUGGCUGCCGGAGCUGUGCAGCGAGCAACGACCAUAGUAGCCCAGAUGGGGGCGGAGCCCUUCAUGCAAGUAUUGCAGGACAACACGGUCGACAUCAUUGUCGCCGCUCGCUCGUACGAUCCGGCCCCCUUCGCGGCUUUCUGCAUGGUGCGCGGCGUUGAAGAGAGCACGGCUUGGCACGUCGGCAAGAUCAUCGAAUGCGGCGGUCUCUGUGCAGUCCCCAAAGGCCGCUCAAUUGUAGCAACAAUGCACAAAGAUUUCUUCGAGCUGACUCCUACCGAUCCCACCCAGCGCUGCACACCCGUGUCCGUGGCCGCUCACACGCUAUAUGAGAAGACCAGGCCAGAUCAGCUACCCGGUCCUGGUGGCGUGCUUCACCUGGAUGCAUGCACAUACAGCGUCAAUCCGGAUAACCGCACGGUUCGCGUUCGAGGCUCGCGCUUCGUGAAGUCUACCCAAUACGAGAUCAAGCUGGAGGGCGCCGAGCAUGUCGGCUAUCGAACUGUCUAUAUCGGAGGUGUUAGGGAUCCCAUUUUGAUCAAAGGCAUAAACGAAUUUCUUAGCACGGUGAGGAGGACCACUCUCGAAGCAUUUCCUGACUUGGGGGCCAAGGACGGCCCCCAGUUGUUAUUCCACGUUUACGGCAAGAACGCCGUCAUGGGCCCGCUCGAGAGCGCAUCAAAUUCCGCUUACGAAAUUGGUGUCUUGGGUGAGGUGGUCGCCAAAUCACAGGAUCUGGCAGACGCAAUAGCAGGGUUUUCAAGAACUGCCCUGCUUCAUGGCUCCUACGAGGACCAACUGGCGACCGGCGGGAAUAUCGCGUCGCCACUAACGCCACUAGAGGUGUCGUUGGGCGCGGUGUUUUAUUUCUCGCUCUAUCAUCUCAUGAGAAUAGAGAACCCGACGGCACUUUUCCCCAUCAGAACGAUGCAAAUUGGACCGGGGAAAAGCAAUUUCGCGGUCCAAGUGCUACAGCAGAAGCCUAGACCGCCACGGCGCACUGCGACUCUGCAGGCAGCGCGAGAACCGGACAAACCAGCGUCUCGGGACCAAAAAGACGCAAAGGACUGGGCGAUGCAUGCUGGGCCCGUCACAAUCCAAAAGCUCGCGUCUGUGGUAAGAUCGAAAAACUCCGGCCCGUUCGAGAUCACUCUUGACAUUCUGUUCGCCACUCGCACCGCCUUUGAUCGUGCACAGCGGUCCGAUGCUCUCACUGCUGAGCGGCUUCGAGCUCUCUAUCGGCUCGAGUCUCCUUCUGACAUCAUUACCAUCAUGUUCUAUCGGCCUGCUCUUGCUUGGAAGUGUACAUUCAAGCGGCCGUGGCCUCAAGGCUCAAUUGGAGAGCGGGACACCUUCGGGGCGCAAAUGCAUGCACCGCUGCUCUCACUUGCACUGCCCAAGGAUCCGUUAAUAGGAGACAGCUUGCGAGCUUCGCCAUGA